AUGCUCAAAACUAGCAAUCCAAAGUUCCCCGAAUUCUGCGCUGGUGUUACAGUAGCCUAUAAUGAGAUUAAAGGGAGGCAUGUUGUAGCCACUCAAGAUCUCCCACCAGGAACCGUAGUUUGUGUAGAAACCGGGAUUACUGUCAAUAUUUCAAAGGCGCAUUGUUAUCGAUGUCUUGGAGAUAUUACUGUAGAUGGAGAGGUAUACUGUAGUUCGUGUGAGAAAUUCGAAAAUGAACCGGAAGAAUUGGCGAAUGGCGAAUUUGAUGAAUUGGGAUUGUUCAAAUUGGCUGCACAUAUCAUUUUUAGCUAUGAUUUUGGAGAAAUUAUGGAGGUUUUGAGAGCACCGGAUCCUGGUGAGUAAAUAUUUUCAUUUUUUGGCGUUAAACAGUUCGGUGAUCAAAAUACCACAUGGAAUUUUCAAUUCAUGAUCUCGGAAAAAAUUUACAAUUACAAUUAAUAGUAAUUAAUUUAUUUAUUUAUAAAAAAAUAGAUUAGAUAAUUCAAAGUUUUGAUAAUAUUCAGUUUGAGAAAAAUUCCAUGUUGAAAAAUGUGUGUUCUAAAUUUUCCACUGUUUCAAGAAUUUCUUAAAAUCUGAAAUUUUUAUUUUUUUUCAAUUCUGCAUAAAAUUUCAUGUCACAAAAUGUUUCUUCAAAACAUUCUUCAUUUUCAACGUGGAAAAAAAGUCGACAUUUUUUUCACUGUUUCAAAAUUUUCACAAAAUUUAGAGAAACCUCGAAAUUUUGAUAUAUUGACAUAAGGCAAAGUUCCUCUACAGCUGUAUAUUUAAUUGUUGUGCUUCAAAAUCUCGAAAAAUAAAUUCAUGCGCCACUGUUUUGAAAAUUUCUUAUUUUUUUGAUUUGAUAAUGGAAAUUUUCUUAAUAAUGGAAAUAGUUGCGAAUCCACAAAUGUUCAAUUUUUCUCACAAAAUACGCCGUAAUUUUUUAAGCCCAAACCAUUUCCACGUUUAAUUUUUAUUCGAAAAAAUUUAUAUAAAAAAUUUCAACUUAAUUUUUCUCACUGUUUCAAAGUUUUAAUAACAUUUUGAAAGUUCUAGAAUUUGCGAUAACAAAAAAAAAUCCCCGACAAAAUGAACAAUUUUUACAGUUGUUCCAAACGAAGCUCCAACUCAACUCUCCACAUCAAAUUUCUCAUCAAUAAUGCAACUUCGUCCACUUCCAACAAUUGGCGACGCUUUUCAAAAUGAGCAUAUUCAAAAAAAUAUUCAAAAAAUGGUGAAAUUGCUCGAGAAAAAUGCGAAUUGGGGAAAAAUCGAUCAGGAUAUGAGAUAUAUUUUCUUUUCGAGAGCUUUGAGAUUGGUUGCUGAAAGAUUGGCCAAAAAUUCACAUGUGGUUUUUAGUAUUGAACAAACUUCUAGAAAGUUAGUUUUUAGGGAAGAAUUUGGGAUUUAAGGGAAAUUUUCAGUGAUUCUUGCGCACUUUCAUCAAAAGUUGCAAAAAUAUUCUAAAUUUCAAAAAAUUUUGAAACAGUGAAUUUUUUGAACAUAAAAUUUCAAAAAUAUUUUGAAUUGUUGUCCUAAAACUAGGAUCACAGAUAUGAACCAGUUCUGACAUCUUCUCAAAAUAAUUUUUCUCACAUUUCCAGCUCAUCAGAAGAACCACUAGGCACUGGAAUUUUCCCGAUCUCCUCAAUUUUCAAUCAUUCUUGCACUCCCAACAUUUUCGGUUUUUUCCUCAAAAAUCGCUUCAUUUUCAUCAGUCGCGGUGUGAAAAAUGGGGAAGAAUUGGUGGAUAAUUAUGGUGUAACACAUUAUCAAAAUAGUUUGACAAAAAGAAAAGAGUUUUUGGCACAAGUUUCCGGAUUCAAAUGUUUUUGCGAGAAAUGCGUGAAAAAUGAUCGAAGUUUGAACGAUUUGUUGGUGUCGAAUUUGAAAAAUGUGGAAGAAAUUGUGGAAAAUGGAAUUGGAGAUAUUGAUGAUUUUUUGGAAUAUAUUCCGCCGGGAAAUAAGGAUUGCGAAGUUAUUAUUCAACAUUUCACACGAAAAAAUCCACAAAAUCCCAAAAAAAAUCGACAACUUUGGAUGAGAUUCAUUGAAAAUGCGAAAAUUCGAGGAAUUGAAUUUGAUGAAUAUUUAGGUGAGCUUUUUUGGCAAUUAAAAUUGUAAAUUUUCUUGAAAAACUUUUAUUUCACCUGAUUUUUUUUAGAACUCACUAAAUUUUAAUGGUAAAAUUUUGGCGCCAAAAUUUGAGCUAUAAAAAUUGUUGUGAUUUUCGAACUCAUUUCACCACGUGCACACCUGACGAGACGUGUCCAAAAUGGACACUGUACAAAAUUUUCAAAAGCCACACUGUAUAUUUUUCACGGAAAAGUGCAGUUUUCAUUGAUUUGUGCGGAUUUGUAUUUCACGAUUUUCCAAAUCUAGCUCAUUUUUAUGGAUAAAAAUGAGCUAGAUUUGGAAAAUCGUCAAAUGGAAGUAACUCCGAAACCACGAUUUAUAAUUUUUAUCCAUAAAAAUGAGCUAGAUUUGGAAAAUCGUCAAAUGGAAGUAACUCCCAAACCACGAUUUAUAAUUUUUAUCCAUAAAAAUGAGCUAGAUUUGGAAAAUCGUCAAAUGGAAGUAACUCCCAAACCACGAUUUAUAAUUUUUAUCCAUAAAAAUGAGCUAGAUUUGGAAAAUCGUCAAAUGGAAGUAACUCCGAAACCACGAUUUAUAAUUUUUAUCCAUAAAAAUGAGCUAGAUUUGGAAAAUCGUCAAAUGGAAGUAACUCCGAAACCACGAUUUAUAAUUUUUAUCCAUAAAAAUGAGCUAGAUUUGGAAAAUCGUCAAAUGGAAGUAACUCCGAAACCACGAUUUAUAAUUUUUAUCCAUAAAAAUGAGCUAGAUUUGGAAAAUCGUCAAAUGGAAGUAACUCCCAAACCACGAUUUAUAAUUUUUAUCCAUAAAAAUGAGCUAGAUUUGGAAAAUCGUCAAAUGGAAGUAACUCCCAAACCACGAUUUAUAAUUUUUAUCCAUAAAAAUGAGCUAGGUUUGGAAAAUCGUCAAAUGGAAGUAACUCCCAAACCACGAUUUAUAAUUUUUAUCCAUAAAAAUGAGCUAGAUUUGGAAAAUCGUCAAAUGGAAGUAACUCCGAAACCACGAUUUAUAAUUUUUAUCCAUAAAAAUGAGCUAGAUUUGGAAAAUCGUCAAAUGGAAGUAACUCCCAAACCACGAUUUAUAAUUUUUAUCCAUAAAAAUGAGCUAGAUUUGGAAAAUCGUCAAAUGGAAGUAACUCCCAAACCACGAUUUAUAAUUUUUAUCCAUAAAAAUGAGCUAGAUUUGGAAAAUCGUCAAAUGGAAGUAACUCCGAAACCACGAUUUAUAAUUUUUAUCCAUAAAAAUGAGCUAGAUUUGGAAAAUCGUCAAAUGGAAGUAACUCCCAAACCACGAUUUAUAAUUUUUAUCCAUAAAAAUGAGCUAGAUUUGGAAAAUCGUCAAAUGGAAGUAACUCCGAAACCACGAUUUAUAAUUUUUAUCCAUAAAAAUGAGCUAGAUUUGGAAAAUCGUCAAAUGGAAGUAACUCCCAAACCACGAUUUAUAAUUUUUAUCCAUAAAAAUGAGCUAGAUUUGGAAAAUCGUCAAAUGGAAGUAACUCCGAAACCACGAUUUAUAAUUUUUAUCCAUAAAAAUGAGCUAGAUUUGGAAAAUCGUCAAAUGGAAGUAACUCCGAAACCACGAUUUAUAAUUUUUAUCCAUAAAAAUGAGCUAGAUUUGGAAAAUCGUCAAAUGGAAGUAACUCCCAAACCACGAUUUAUAAUUUUUAUCCAUAAAAAUGAGCUAGAUUUGGAAAAUCGUCAAAUGGAAGUAACUCCGAAACCACGAUUUAUAAUUUUUAUCCAUAAAAAUGAGCUAGAUUUGGAAAAUCGUCAAAUGGAAGUAACUCCGAAACCACGAUUUAUAAUUUUUAUCCAUAAAAAUGAGCUAGAUUUGGAAAAUCGUCAAAUGGAAGUAACUCCGAAACCACGAUUUAUAAUUUUUAUCCAUAAAAAUGAGCUAGAUUUGGAAAAUCGUCAAAUGGAAGUAACUCCCAAACCACGAUUUAUAAUUUUUAUCCAUAAAAAUGAGCUAGAUUUGGAAAAUCGUCAAAUGGAAGUAACUCCGAAACCACGAUUUAUAAUUUUUAUCCAUAAAAAUGAGCUAGAUUUGGAAAAUCGUCAAAUGGAAGUAACUCCGAAACCACGAUUUAUAAUUUUUAUCCAUAAAAAUGAGCUAGAUUUGGAAAAUCGUCAAAUGGAAGUAACUCCGAAACCACGAUUUAUAAUUUUUAUCCAUAAAAAUGAGCUAGAUUUGGAAAAUCGUCAAAUGGAAGUAACUCCCAAACCACGAUUUAUAAUUUUUAUCCAUAAAAAUGAGCUAGAUUUGGAAAAUCGUCAAAUGGAAGUAACUCCCAAACCACGAUUUAUAAUUUUUAUCCAUAAAAAUGAGCUAGAUUUGGAAAAUCGUCAAAUGGAAGUAACUCCCAAACCACGAUUUAUAAUUUUUAUCCAUAAAAAUGAGCUAGAUUUGGAAAAUCGUCAAAUGGAAGUAACUCCCAAACCACGAUUUAUAAUUUUUAUCCAUAAAAAUGAGCUAGAUUUGGAAAAUCGUCAAAUGGAAGUAACUCCCAAACCACGAUUUAUAAUUUUUAUCCAUAAAAAUGAGCUAGAUUUGGAAAAUCGUCAAAUGGAAGUAACUCCCAAACCACGAUUUAUAAUUUUUAUCCAUAAAAAUGAGCUAGAUUUGGAAAAUCGUCAAAUGGAAGUAACUCCCAAACCACGAUUUAUAAUUUUUAUCCAUAAAAAUGAGCUAGGUUUGGAAAAUCGUCAAAUGGAAGUAACUCCGAAACCACGAUUUAUAAUUUUUAUCCAUAAAAAUGAGCUAGAUUUGGAAAAUCGUCAAAUGGAAGUAACUCCGAAACCACGAUUUAUAAUUUUUAUCCAUAAAAAUGAGCUAGAUUUGGAAAAUCGUCAAAUGGAAGUAACUCCCAAACCACGAUUUAUAAUUUUUAUCCAUAAAAAUGAGCUAGAUUUGGAAAAUCGUCAAAUGGAAGUAACUCCCAAACCACGAUUUAUAAUUUUUAUCCAUAAAAAUGAGCUAGAUUUGGAAAAUCGUCAAAUGGAAGUAACUCCCAAACCACGAUUUAUAAUUUUUAUCCAUAAAAAUGAGCUAGGUUUGGAAAAUCGUCAAAUGGAAGUAACUCCCAAACCACGAUUUAUAAUUUUUAUCCAUAAAAAUGAGCUAGAUUUGGAAAAUCGUCAAAUGGAAGUAACUCCCAAACCACGAUUUAUAAUUUUUAUCCAUAAAAAUGAGCUAGGUUUGGAAAAUCGUCAAAUGGAAGUAACUCCCAAACCACGAUUUAUAAUUUUUAUCCAUAAAAAUGAGCUAGAUUUGGAAAAUCGUCAAAUGGAAGUAACUCCCAAACCACGAUUUAUAAUUUUUAUCCAUAAAAAUGAGCUAGAUUUGGAAAAUCGUCAAAUGGAAGUAACUCCCAAACCACGAUUUAUAAUUUUUAUCCAUAAAAAUGAGCUAGAUUUGGAAAAUCGUCAAAUGGAAGUAACUCCCAAACCACGAUUUAUAAUUUUUAUCCAUAAAAAUGAGCUAGAUUUGGAAAAUCGUCAAAUGGAAGUAACUCCGAAACCACGAUUUAUAAUUUUUAUCCAUAAAAAUGAGCUAGAUUUGGAAAAUCGUCAAAUGGAAGUAACUCCCAAACCACGAUUUAUAAUUUUUAUCCAUAAAAAUGAGCUAGAUUUGGAAAAUCGUCAAAUGGAAGUAACUCCGAAACCACGAUUUAUAAUUUUUAUCCAUAAAAAUGAGCUAGAUUUGGAAAAUCGUCAAAUGGAAGUAACUCCCAAACCACGAUUUAUAAUUUUUAUCCAUAAAAAUGAGCUAGAUUUGGAAAAUCGUCAAAUGGAAGUAACUCCCAAACCACGAUUUAUAAUUUUUAUCCAUAAAAAUGAGCUAGAUUUGGAAAAUCGUCAAAUGGAAGUAACUCCCAAACCACGAUUUAUAAUUUUUAUCCAUAAAAAUGAGCUAGAUUUGGAAAAUCGUCAAAUGGAAGUAACUCCCAAACCACGAUUUAUAAUUUUUAUCCAUAAAAAUGAGCUAGAUUUGGAAAAUCGUCAAAUGGAAGUAACUCCCAAACCACGAUUUAUAAUUUUUAUCCAUAAAAAUGAGCUAGAUUUGGAAAAUCGUCAAAUGGAAGUAACUCCCAAACCACGAUUUAUAAUUUUUAUCCAUAAAAAUGAGCUAGAUUUGGAAAAUCGUCAAAUGGAAGUAACUCCCAAACCACGAUUUAUAAUUUUUAUCCAUAAAAAUGAGCUAGAUUUGGAAAAUCGUCAAAUGGAAGUAACUCCGAAACCACGAUUUAUAAUUUUUAUCCAUAAAAAUGAGCUAGAUUUGGAAAAUCGUCAAAUGGAAGUAACUCCCAAACCACGAUUUAUAAUUUUUAUCCAUAAAAAUGAGCUAGAUUUGGAAAAUCGUCAAAUGGAAGUAACUCCGAAACCACGAUUUAUAAUUUUUAUCCAUAAAAAUGAGCUAGAUUUGGAAAAUCGUCAAAUGGAAGUAACUCCGAAACCACGAUUUAUAAUUUUUAUCCAUAAAAAUGAGCUAGAUUUGGAAAAUCGUCAAAUGGAAGUAACUCCGAAACCACGAUUUAUAAUUUUUAUCCAUAAAAAUGAGCUAGAUUUGGAAAAUCGUCAAAUGGAAGUAACUCCCAAACCACGAUUUAUAAUUUUUAUCCAUAAAAAUGAGCUAGAUUUGGAAAAUCGUCAAAUGGAAGUAACUCCGAAACCACGAUUUAUAAUUUUUAUCCAUAAAAAUGAGCUAGAUUUGGAAAAUCGUCAAAUGGAAGUAACUCCCAAACCACGAUUUAUAAUUUUUAUUCAUAAAAAUGAGCUAGAUUUGGAAAAUCGUCAAAUGGAAGUAACUCCGAAACCACGAUUUAUAAUUUUUAUCCAUAAAAAUGAGCUAGAUUUGGAAAAUCGUCAAAUGGAAGUAACUCCCAAACCACGAUUUAUAAUUUUUAUUCAUAAAAAUGAGCUAGAUUUGGAAAAUCGUCAAAUGGAAGUAACUCCGAAACCACGAUUUAUAAUUUUUAUCCAUAAAAAUGAGCUAGAUUUGGAAAAUCGUCAAAUGGAAGUAACUCCCAAACCACGAUUUAUAAUUUUUAUCCAUAUGAUAUUUUAAAAAUUCCCAUUCCUAUUUUUGGCUCCAAAAAAAUUAAAUUUUCUUUGCAGUUCGACCGUACCUCGAAGCCCUAAUCCUAUCCAACGAAAAUUCAACAAAUCCCACAAAAAAUGAUCUAAUUUUCACGGUCUACCAAAUUCUUCACGUUUUAUAUGCUGAUUUACAUCCUGCUUCUGGAAUUAUUGCAAAAAUGUUGGAGGAAAAUAGUGUGGAGAAUUGGGAGACGCAGAGAAAUGAGCUGGAGGUUUCGGUGAGAAAUAUUUGGACAUAA